AUGGGCGAGACCUGCGGACCGCAGUGCCUCAGCCGCGCGGAUUGCACGCAUUUCACGUGGAGUGCCUUCAACGGCGGCACGUGCUGGCUCAAGGGGGCGAUCAACGCGACUGAACUGGUCCCCGCCACUGGCACGUCGUGCGGUUACCGCGUCGGCAACAGCGCGACCGGCAACCCGUACACGGGAGUCCAGCAGUAUCUCAACCGCGGGUACGCGGCGAGCGUGAAAUCCGCAAUGCUCGCCGCGUCUCGCGAGGACGCGCCGUUUUUCGCGAGCGUGGCGGAGAAUCCGACGGCUGUGUGGCUCGACAAUAUGGCGUCCCUAGAUUCCAUCCCGGGCCACCUGGAAGAGGCAGCGAUUCAAGGGGGUGCGAAGGCGAUUCUCGUGCAAUUCGUGAUCUACGACCUCCCGGGCCGCGACUGCAAGGCGUGGUCGUCCAAUGGGGAGAUUCCCAAGGGCGGCCUCGACACGUACAAGGCCAAGUACAUCGAUGUUGCCGUGGCGCGCCUUAAAAACAAGGCGGCGAACGUGCGUCUGUCGCUCGUGAUCGAGCCCGACUCGCUGCCCAACAUCGCGACGAACAUGGGGAUGAAUCGGUGCGACGCGACGACGGAUAAGGAGUACACGGAGGGCGUCGCGUAUGCCAUCGCGGAGCUCUCGCAGAUCCCCGACACCACGCUCUAUCUCGACUCCGGCUUUGGCGGCUGGCUCGGGUGGCCGGAGGGAAUGAAGCGCGUGGUGGCGGUGUACAUGAAGGUCCUCGCGCGCGCGCGGCAGAUCCGCGCGAACGCCAAGAUCCGCGGCUUCGCGUCCAACGUGGCCAACUACAGCCCGCUCUUCGCGAGGAGCUUCCCGCUCUUACCCUCCGUCUGUCCCGCCUUGGAGAAAUGCCCGCUGGUGAAGAACCCGAGCACGGGCGAGACUAACUACGACUGGAACCCUUGCAUCGACGAGAACCGAUUUACCGCACGAAUGAAUGCGUACCUGGGAGCCUUGGGAUUGCCGACCAGGUGGAUCGUGGAUACCAGCCGGUCCGGCCGCGCUGGCAUUCGCAACCGCUGGGGGUCGUGGUGCAACGUGAAGGGCGCGGGGAUCGGACAGCGCCCCGAGGCGAAUCCCGGAAGUGCUCCGCAAGGCUCCGUUCCUUUGGCGCACACCUUGCUUGCCCUGCUUGCAGUUGACGCUCUGGUCUGGAUCAAGCCGCCUGGGGAAAGCGAUGGCCACGCAAGGAAGAUUCUGGGCGUGAUUGCCGUGGAUCGCGAAUGCGACCCUCUGGAUCCCCUGGGCCUGGACGCCCUGGCAGACGCGCCGCGAGCUGGCCAAUGGUUCCAGUCGCAAUUCGCCAUGCUCGUUCGCAACGCCAACCCGCCCAUGCCUGCUGAAAAGGUGGACCCGUGCAUGUUUGAUCCGAAAACGAGCCCCGCGUGCGAUCCCUUCUGGGAGGACAUGGCCGUCAAGUACUCGCCGCAGUAUAAUUCGCGCGAAGAGAUUACCAAGGAUACGGACUGGGUGAAGGACUCGGCGCACAACCCAUCAAAAGGAGGCACGAAGGUGUACACGAUCAUCUAUAAUCCGAAGCCGGAUGACGCUGACUCGUUUGUGGAGAUUCAGUAUUGGAUGCUCUACCCCUAUCAACACCAUACCUACGUCUCCUCUCCCUCAUUUCUCCGUAUCAACACCCCUACUGUCCGCAUCCCACGAUGCCCCCCCCCUUCUCCCCACCCAGCAGGAAGGAGCGGUGCAGAGGGUGGCAGCAGUGGGAGGAGGCGGCGUGGCAUUGAGAUAGAAGGAGGGUGGGAGCAGGCGCAGGGGUACAUGGAGAGCAUGGACAGUGGAGGAGGGGUGAUGGGGACGGAGAAGAUGAAGGCAGGGGAGACGGAGAAGCAGCGGGUGAGUAAGGAGCGAGGGAAGGGGGGAACACAGGGGAAGAUCAAGCGAGGGAGGAAGCUGCACGGCGUCUCCCCGCGUCCCCUUCCACUGCCACCAUGCUCCACAUUCCCAUUCCUUCCCAUUGGCGCGUUAUUGAACCCCAUUCCUUCUCAUCCGCCCCUCUCAUCCUUCACCUUCAGUCUCCCCUUCAUCACUCUCCCCUCAUCCUCCGCUGCUGACCUGGGCAAUGGGAAGCAGCCGUGCGUGUGGGAGCACACUGUGGCCAUCAAGGUCACGUGCCUUUGUGCGUGUGGCACACAGAGUGCUGCUCCCACUCAUGCUGCUCCCGCUCGUGCUGCUCCCGCUCGUGCUGCUCCCGCUCGUGCUGCUCCCGCUCGUGCUGCUCCCGCUCGUGCUGCUCCCAAUCGCGUCGCUCCCACUCGUGCUGAUCCCGCUCGUGCUGCUCCCGCUCGUGCUGCUCCCGCUCGUGCUGCUACCACUCAUGCUGCUCCCACUCUCGCUGCUCCUCCCACGUCGCCCGCCGCUGCUCCUCGCUCAACCCCGACCCACCCGCACGUGCACCUGGCACAGCAGAUGGCGCGCGUGGGGAUGGGUGGAGCGGGGAGCAGGGGUGAAAAAAGGCGGAGAGGCACAGAGUGA